AUGAACAGGCAUCUGUUAAUACUAAGGACAUGCCGUUUUCGAACAACUUUGAGCCUAAAACGAGCCUCAGAAACCGCAUUCUUAGUGCAGAGAUAUUUCACUAGCAGUUGCACAAGUUAUCGGAGCUCUCCAUCAAGGAAUACCAAUGUGGAAUCAGAGGUUUCUGGACAUCGCUCAAAGAAUAGAAAUGAAGCUUCAGAUUUCUUAGGAUCAUUAGAUCAAGAUCCAGAUUCUGAGGCUGAUGACCAAAUUUUCAGGCUCAUGAAAAUUCGUAAUGAAGACAAAUUGUUCGUCCCACAAAUGGUCCAUCUGUGGAAUAAAAUAAUACCAAAAGCUUAUAUCGAGGAGUUUAAUACAGUGUUAGUCAAUAAGGCCUCUAAGGGUAAGGUAAUUAAAACCCCUGAAGAUGGAGUUGAGACCGACUAUUUUAAGUUCACUUCGGCUUUUUUGGAGAAUAUGGGUCAGUUUGUGGAAGAAACCAAUGCCAAAAAAUUCAAUAGAUUAACAAACCUGGCAUUAUUGUUAUUGAGAAAGCAACUUCUCGUAGGUAUGAAGCGCCUCGCUAAGAAGUCAACCUGGAAAGACGGAAUCAAAAAGCGCGAAAUUGUCCUUGAAGAUCUCAUUGCUCCAAAGAUUGAUGAAAUUCCAGAGAUUUUGUACGAACUAUUUCUUACAAAACAAAGUAAUAUAUGGCCAGGUCACUUCGUUGAAAAAUACAAAAUCGAUCCCAAAUCUUUCAACUCACAGUUCAAGUAUCUCAUUAAUGAAGCAUACAAAUACAAUUUACAGACAAGUGAGAUAUUAUUUUCCAAUCCAAGAGAUGCCAAAAUUGAAAUUUCUAAUCCUACAAAAUGGUUCCCACUAGCAAGACAGCUCAAACGUAAUAUCAUUAUGCAUGUUGGUCCUACAAAUAGUGGGAAGACCUAUAAUGCUUUGAAACGGCUUGAAGAAGCGGAAUCAGGAUACUUUGCUGGACCACUUCGAUUAUUGGCUAGGGAAGUGUUUGAAAGAUUCAAAGAGAAGAAUAUUAGUUGUAAUUUGAUCACCGGGGAAGAAAUCAUUGAGGACACUGAUGAAGUUACGGGAAAUCGCGCGAAGAAAUCGUGCGGAACCGUAGAAAUGAUAUCAUUGAUCGAGGAAUAUGAUGUUGUGGUGCUUGACGAAAUUCAGAUGAUUGCUGAUCCGCGUCGUGGUUGGGCAUGGACCCAAGCGUUACUUGGGGUCAGAGCUAAAGAGGUUCAUUUAUGUGGUGAAGAAAGUUCGGUGGCACUAAUUCAAAAAAUUGUAGAAUUAACGGGCGAUAACCUCGUGGUCAACAAAUACAAACGUCUUGGAGAAUUAAAGGUGCUUAAAGAUAAAUUUGGGCAUUUUGGAGAAUUACAAAAAGGUGAUUGUGUGGUAGCGUUUUCUAAGGCAAAAAUAUUGGAUUUGAAGCUACGUAUCGAAAGGACUACCAGUCUCAAAGUGGCAGUCAUUUACGGGGCUCUACCUGCAGAAACAAGAGCUGAGCAGGCUAAAGCUUUUAAUAGUGGUGAAGCUGAUGUUUUGGUUGCCUCGGACGCCAUUGGAAUGGGAUUGAAUUUGAGUAUUAGAAAAGUGAUUUUCUCAACAACAGAGAAAUUCGAUGGUGGUUCCAGGAGAAGAUUAACAGUCUCUGAAAUAAAGCAAAUAUCAGGCCGAGCUGGCCGUUUCAAGCUGGCAAACUUCGGGAAUAAAUCAUCAUCAUCAGAGCCGGUUUUUGAUGUGUUAGAGGAUGAAAAAGUUAUGAAAGAAAAAAGUGAGCCUUCUUCUUCUUCAGCAGCAGCGGUAGGGUAUGUCACGGCGAUGCAUAACAGAGGCUUGUCCUAUAUACGCUCUUGCUUAUCACACAAAAUCACCAAUAUCGAAAAAGCCUGUCUUUGGCCUCCAGACCAUAUCUUAACCGAAUAUAUUUCCGAGUUUCCUAGCAAAACCUCACUCACCCACAUUUUGAAAGUUUAUGGAAAAGAAGUUACGACUAGUGAGUUAUUUUUCAGUUCUGAUGUUGAACCUAAGAUUGAACUUUGUGAAAUUAUUGAGCAGUUCCAUCAAACCAGCAAGAAUCAAAUAUUGCCUAUUGGAGACCAACUUACGUUACUCAAAAUACCCCUUAGUCGUAUUACCCCGCUUACUUAUAGAAUUUUUCUUGAAUUUUGCGAGACCAUUUGUCUGGGGAAAACGAAGUAUAUUUUUGAUUUCUCUCUCCCAUUUGAAAUGCUUGCCAAUAAUGAAUCCCAGCCAAUUUAUGAUCCAUCCAAGCCUCAGGAAUCAUCCGUGUUUUAUAAAGGGCAUAACUUGGUUGAUGCCGUAUUCAAUAAAACCAAUAAGCCAUCAAAUUCAACCCUAGAGUACUUGGCCAGUUUGGAAUCUUUACAUUCAUUAUUCAUGGUGUUUUGCUGGUUGUGCUACAGAUAUCCUUAUAACUUUGUUGGAAUCAAUUUUACGAUUCAACUCAAACAUUUGUCAGAAUACAAAAUUUCUGAAAUGUUGAAAUUGCUAAAAACUCAAAAUCGGUCCUCUAAAUAA